GCAGCCUGGGUAAUAGGUCAGAAGACAAAAUGAAGCUCGAUCUUUCCGUCUACCUCGUCACAGACUCCACCCCCCCAAUCCUCAAGGGGCGGGAUCUGUGUGCUGUAGUAGAAGAAGCCGUCAAAGGAGGUGUAACGGUCGUCCAAUACCGGGACAAAAAGAGCGACACAGGGGCUCAGAUCGAAACUGCCCGAAAGCUUCACCGGAUUACUCAGGCCCACGGUGUGCCCUUGAUCAUCAACGACCGGGUUGAUGUUGCUCUUGCUGUGGGAGCUGAGGGGGUGCAUCUCGGCCAGGAUGAUAUGGUGAUUUCGGAAGCAAAGAAGCUUCUACCGGAAAAUGCAAUUAUUGGCAUUAGCGCCUCAUCUAUUGAAGAGGCGCAGGCGGCCGUUGCGGCGGGCGCGGACUACCUUGGUAUCGGGACGUUAUUCGCUACACCAACGAAAACAAACACCAAGCACAUCAUUGGCACAGCUGGCACGCAGGCUAUCCUUGACUCCAUUGCCGAAUCUGGCCGCGAUGUGGGAACUGUUUGUAUUGGUGGGAUCAACCUCUCCAACGUUCAACGGGUACUGUACCAGUCUGCCUCUCCCCGGAAGAGCUUGAAUGGUGCUGCUAUUGUCAGCGCUAUCAUGGCCGCAGAUGAUCCCAGAGCGGCGGCGGCAGAGCUUGCCCGGGCCAUCGCGACUCCGCCGCCAUUUGUACGCAAGGCGGACGGACCUUUGGUUCGCAAUGUUGCAGGGUUGCUCGAGAAGGUACCGCAUAUUGUUCAAAAAAUGGUUGAAAUCCACCCGUUGGUCCACAACAUGAUCAACUUCGUCGUCGCCAACUUCGUCGCCAAUGUCACGUUAGCUAUCGGUGCAUCGCCGAUUAUGUCGCCGUAUGGCGACGAGGCCACGGACUUGUGCCAGUUUGACGGUGCCUUGCUUAUCAACAUGGGCACUCUGACUAGCCAGAGUCCUUCCGAGUACCUCAAGGCUAUUCGAGCGUACAACCAACGCGGCAACCCGGUGGUGUAUGAUCCAGUAGGCGCCGGUGCGACCCAGAUUCGACGAGGGGUUGUCAAGGAGCUCAUGGCCGGGGGAUACUUCGAUCUCAUCAAAGGCAACGAAGGAGAAAUCCGCCAGGUCGCGGGCAGCACUAGCGUUCAGCAACGAGGUGUUGACAGCGGACCUAGUACGCUUGACCACCAGGGUAAGGCACGGUUGGCCCGUGACCUUGCUCGGCGAGAAAAAAACAUCGUUCUCUUGACCGGCGCCGUGGAUUACCUUAGCGAUGGCGAAAGGAUUGUUGCCGUUGAGAACGGACAUGAACUUCUCGGCCAGGUCACUGGAACUGGUUGCGCUGUCGGCACAGUGGCUGGAUGUUUCAUCGCGGCCAAUCCAACUGACAAGUUCCUUGCGGUUCUCUCAGCUCUUCUGAUGUAUGAGAUUGCUGCCGAGAACGCCGCUGCAAGAGACUCCGUCCGCGGCCCUGGAAGCUUUGCUACGACUUUCAUCGACGAGUUGUACGCUAUCCGUCAAGCGUCUCUGCAGGGAGACCACAGCUGGUAUGCCGGACGUGCAAGGGUUCAAGAAAUAUCUUUAUAGAUGUAGAUACCGUAUGCUCUCUUUCGAUGUGUGUACAUAGUCUCGAUUGGGUAGCCAGAUUAUUUACAAAACUACCACACAUAGAUUUCGUGCCCCACCCGCACAAACAUGAAAACGAUCAGCUACAUACGGCUUCUACAGUCUA